GGAAAAGUAAAAAGGAUAUGUCUAGGGCUACCAUAUCCGCUGCUGGUAUCACAAAGUUUGAAGAUUCGACGGAGUUAUCUCCGCCGCCGAAGACAGAACCGAUGGCGGAGUUGGAGGUGAAAACAGAGGUCCCACCACGAGUUUUCCGCAAAAGAGAUCGGAAGGAUCCGGAGUAUUGGAGACAACGAAAGAUGUUUCUGGAACAAUUUGAAAAGAGCGAGGGUUACGAUUUGGACUGGGACAAGUUUGACUACAGCUACGCUCCCGUCAAAUUCGAAUGGGGAUUCGAAUUCGAUGUUGAGCUUAGCAAUGACGAGUUAAUGAAGCUGCUCAUAAAGACAGCAAUCGACGAAGAAAACGAAGAAUGUGAAACGCAACUUGAGUUUGUCAAGUAUGUGAGUGCAAAUGUAACAGGCGUCCAAGGUUUUUGCUUUUAUAUAACAUUGUGGGCCAAAGAUGUUUCCUCGCCAGAUCCAGAGCUAAAACUUUACCGAACAAAGGUGCGCAAGUGUGGGGAUGAGAUCGAUGUUGUUGAAUUCAAGCUAAUUAAGGCCAACACAAGAAUGAUGAGGUUAACACUUUUCUAGAGUUGACUCUGUUUAUCCGCUUUGUGUAUGUUGUUGCUGUUGCUGUUAAUUGUUAGAUUCAUUAGACAUGGAAUUAAACUCCUGGCCGUGUUGUGUCCGUUUUAACUUUUACUCUUUGGAUGCAUUCAAGUGAUGACUUCAAUUCCUCCAUGGGCUUCCUCGUCUGCUUCUUAAAUAACUUUACGUCCUUAUCUAAGUAAUCGUGUCAAAGACUUUUUAAUGUAUCUACAAGGGUCCUUUGUAACUUAAAACGGUUCUAUGUAAGUUGUAUUAUCCGAAUCUGUAACGACAAGAGUCAUG